CCAAAACAAAGUAAAUCACACUCCAUAAACACUCACAUUUUGUCUAAAAAAAAAUGGCUCUUUCAAGUAGUAGCACUACCAACUCUCUUCUCACAAAUAAAUCUUUGAUUCAAAACCAACCCCUUUUACCAUCUCCUUUAAAGAAUGCAUCUUUCCCUACCAACUCAACCAAAUCCGUUAGAUUCAUCUCAGCCGUCCAUUCAUCUGACUCAUCCAAAACCCCCAUUGUUUCUGACAAGCCCACCAAGCCAUCUCCACCGUCAGCCACUGCCACGUCAACCCCAACCGUGACAGAAACAAAAUGGACGGUGGAUAGCUGGAAAACCAAGAAAGCUCUUCAGUUACCUGUAUACCCAAAUCAAGAAGAGCUUAGAUCUGUUCUUAAAACAAUUGAAGAUUUUCCUCCUAUUGUGUUUGCUGGUGAGGCUAGGAAUCUUGAAGAAAAGCUUGGUGAAGCUGCUAUGGGGAGAGCAUUUUUGUUACAAGGUGGUGAUUGUGCUGAGAGUUUUAAGGAAUUUAAUGCCAAUAAUAUUAGGGAUACUUUUAGAAUCCUUCUUCAAAUGGGUGCUGUUCUUAUGUUUGGUGGUCAGGUUCCUGUCAUCAAGGUUGGAAGAAUGGCUGGUCAAUUUGCAAAGCCAAGGUCAGAUAAUUUUGAGGAGAAGGAUGGUGUAAAGCUGCCGAGUUACAGGGGAGACAAUGUGAAUGGAGAUGCAUUUGAUAUCAAGUCCAGGACUCCUGACCCUCAGAGGCUGAUCAGGGCUUAUUGCCAAUCUGCAGCUACUUUGAAUCUGUUGAGGGCUUUCGCUACUGGAGGAUACGCUGCCAUGCAGAGGAUCAACCAAUGGAACUUGGAUUUCACUGAGCAUAGUGAGCAGGGUGAUAGGUACCGUGAACUAGCUAAUAGAGUGGACGAGGCCCUUGGUUUCAUGGCUGCAGCUGGACUUACAAUGGACCAUCCCAUUAUGAAAACCACUGAGUUCUGGACAUCUCAUGAGUGUUUACUUUUGCCCUAUGAGCAGUCACUAACACGGUUGGAUUCAACUUCCGGCCUUUACUACGAUUGCUCUGCCCAUAUGAUUUGGGUUGGAGAGAGAACCAGGCAGUUGGAUGGUGCCCAUGUUGAGUUCUUGAGAGGAGUUGCCAAUCCCCUUGGUAUUAAGGUGAGUGACAAGAUGGACCCAAAUGCAUUGGUCAAGCUCAUUGAGAUUUUGAACCCUCAAAACAAAGCGGGGAGGAUUACAAUUAUUACCAGAAUGGGAGCAGAGAACAUGAGGGUUAAGCUUCCUCAUCUUAUCAGGGCAGUCCGAAGAGCAGGGCAAAUUGUCACUUGGGUAUCUGAUCCUAUGCAUGGAAAUACCAUCAAAGCUCCUUGCGGUCUAAAAACUCGACCUUUCGAUUCCAUUAGGUCUGAAGUAAAAGCAUUCUUUGAUGUUCAUGAGCAAGAAGGAAGCCACCCAGGAGGAGUUCACCUGGAGAUGACAGGCCAAAAUGUCACAGAGUGCAUCGGUGGAUCGCGAACUGUGACCUUCGAUGAUCUGAGCUCACGUUACCACACCCACUGCGAUCCUAGGCUCAAUGCAUCUCAAUCCCUCGAGCUCUCAUUCAUUAUCGCUGAACGUUUGAGAAAAAGGAGGCUUGGAUCACAAACCGUAUUAGGUCAAUAGAUGUUUGGAAAUGUUCAAAUGCUGCCUCUUUUUAUUUACUUAUGAAUGAUUGUAUGAAUAUUUACAUUUUCUUAAAUCCAAUUUGGAGGAUAUGUUAUGUUACUGAAGAGUGUUUUAAUGUAAUGAGAGUUUGGUGAGACUAAGGAAUAAAGCAAAGGAAGUUAUUACUCUA